AUGUCACUAGCAACCUACAGACAAAUUCUCCGCUCCGCGCGAAUAGCAUUCCAAGGCGACGCACCCGUCCUCCAAGCCGCCAAAAAAGAAGCCCGCUCCGCCUUCCAGCGAUAUAAAGAUCUCUCACCAAACGACCCAGCAGUCAUAGCCGCAGUAGAGCACGGCGAGCAGGUCGCCAAGAUUCUGUUGGAGAAUAUCGUGCAGGGAAAGAAUAUUGGGGAGGAUAGAUAUAAGUUGAGAAUACAUGAACACACAGAGAGAGGCGAUAAUGAUACGAUCAAGAUGCCUAAUGGGCAGAAGGUAGUCAUUGAUGGGAAGAAGUGUUCUGAUUGA